CUCUCGCGGACGGCCAUUACGUCAUCCACGGUUGACGAAUAUUUUCCUUUAAACGUCAAAGCUAGCUGCUUUCUACUCAAACCGCUUGUCACUGAUUUACCUUUAGACAGAUCAUUUGUAUGUACGCUUGAUUGAAAAAUACAACUAACACCUGGGAAAUGAAUGCAGGAGGUCAAGCAUUUAUCACCAGCUACAGACCAGAAGAUUUGGACAAACUUACAACGCAACUGAAGAAUGGCCUGUACAGAUCAAACUACAAGCCGACGGAAUAUGACAAAGUGCAAGCCAUGGUUGACGCCAAACGGCUGGAGACUGUUGCGAUUGGAAAAAAGGUUCGGCGGACCCGCUGUGUAGCCAAGGAAAUAAAGGAGGGCGACAUAUUACGGCAGCACAGGCAGGUGUGGAGCAGAGAGUGCCCUCGGCUGCAAAAAGCAGAGGUGAAGGCCGAGAGUGAACUGAGCGACUUCAUCGAGAACAUCAGGCCACUCGGCAUAGAAGACACCGCUAUCUUCUCUCUCAAAGAUUACGAAGUGUUCCUCGAGAGGGACCGCAAGGCAUUCGUCAUGGGCACCGUGGCGCCGGUUCAUCAGCUGAAGGAGGACUUGUGCUUCAGGUUGGAGCAGGAACAAGAUCGGGAAAUCGGCAGCCCUCACGCAAACCGGGAACAAGUGCAACAUCAGGUCAAUUUUGUGAAAGACCAGCAAGAUAUCAUCACGGCCAAACUUCAAGAAGAGUACCGUGACCUACAAGAGGAAAUUACAGAUCUCGCUUUGGAGAAAUAUAUUCCAACCUUGGAUAUCUUGAUGGGAGACAACAUUCCCGCAGAGGUUUUGGACUCGGACUGCCCUUACCCGGAACUGAAGGAGUCACUGAUCCAAGCCUUCCACUCAUUGUCAGACAUCAACCACACUCGCCUGCAAUGUCUUCAAGAUCACCUGAAAAGAACAGACAAAUACUGCGGCUGGUGUCCAGAUGACCACUUUCGCUUCCAUUUCACCUUGUCGCAGUACACGCAAGACGUACCCAACUACCGGGCACUGUGCUUGCAUAUGCUUCAAAGGAUCUUCCCGGAAAAAGUCAAACACGACCUGAUGGAGCACGAGCGUGCGUUGGCCAGGCAGCGCUUCACACAGACUCAGAUAAAAGUCCUGACCCAGCAGUGGCAGCAGGACCAGGAAGAGCUCCUGGCGAAAGCCUUGGCCGUCCUGCAGGAGGCCAGGGACGCCUACCAGGAGGAGUUGGAGCUCCAAAGGGACCGCCAGCAUCAGCAGGACAUCUGCUUCCGCCUCAGGGAAAAACUGCAGCAGUGGCGGGCUCAUCAGGAGGAGGUGGCCGAGCUGCAGGCGGCCAUCGCUGCCAGACAGCAGGAGGAGGCCGAAGCCAUUUUGAAGAGGGAGCAGGAGAAAGAGGCCGCCCUUCGGGCACAUCAGAAAGAAAAGCUGCGGAAAUUUCAUUUGGAGCAGCAGAGGAGGAGGGAGGAGUUGGAGCAAAGGGAUCAGGAGAGGCUGGCGAAACUGAGGAGUGCCAUGGACGAGCAGGCCCGGCAAGAUAAAGAGAGAGUCCGCUUCCGGGCUGAGAUGUUGCAGCGGCGCCAGGAGGCGAGGGAGACGUGCGAGUUGGAGCGUCAGAGGGAGGAAGCGGAGAGGCACAACCGUUUGGAAGCGCUCCGGAACCAGGUUGCAGUGGUGGCAGAGUCGGACGCAGACAGGAUGAUGGGAGGCACUCAAUCUUGGCGGAAUCGAAACUUGACCGUCCGAGAAGUCGAUAUCCAAAGGCCUCUCUUUGGAAUUCAUACAUACACGGAUGCCCAGAUCGUCGCCGAUCCCAGAUUGCGGGUUGAGCAGGCCCUGAGGGAGGCCGGCUUGCACCACACGCAGUACGCCCAAGAGGUCCUGGCCCAUAUUAAGCCUCCCAAACCACCACGACGAGACACCAAAUCCGAACUCCAGUUUUAAGCGAGCAAAUACUCCAGUUUUUCCUCGUGGGAGAAGGAGCACAAAGCACCGUCGAGCCGUCCUUGACCUGAGACAGCAGAGGAUUUCUCACCGCUUUUGUCAUCGAGGACAUUUAACCCUUUUAAGGGGGGGCACUCAUCGUGUCAUCAGGUGACGGGGGAGCAUGAAAGGGUUAAACGCCAGGUAAGGCGAGGUCCGGUUACCUUCGUAAAAGUCGUGGGUGCACAUGGUGUUUCCGAUCACGGUGGGAAGAUUCUGCAGUUCUGUGGAGCACUGCAGAAGCUCGCUGGCCACCCCUUCGUCCAGCUCCGUGCUGCGUGUGAUGACUUUACCCAGAACCACCUGCUCAAACUGAGGCCGGAACGAGUAGUCGACCGCCUUUUCCGUCACGACCACCGUGCCCGGAGCCAGACCUGGAAGUAAUCACCUGUUACUCUCCUUGAAAAUGACUUUUUAUGUUUUUUUUUUUUUUUUAAGAAUGUGGUGACUUUUGGGAAGCGCAGCGGGAAAAGUCAUUACCGACUCCGCCGGAUGUUCCCAGACGAAAGAGGAUCACGUCCCUGCAGUGGGCAUGGUGGAGCAGUUUGAUGAGCUCAUGCAGCAUGAUGGAGAUGGACGGCACGCCCAUGCCGUGCUAAUAGAAAAACAUUUGCUGUUAGAACGCUCAUGGCGCCAUGUCCGGCGAACCCUCACAUGUUCGCGGAUUCACAAUUUUUAUUUUUUAAUUGAAGGGAAACCGUAGUCAUUAUAACCUAAUAUAAAUGCCAUUUUAGUACAAGGAG